CAUUAUGGUUGAGUGGAAAGAGAGGAGGAGGAGUGGCCACACCUUCAAGGGUCAUGUGAUUUUGGAGCUUUAUUUAGACAGACAGGACUUGUGGGCAUUUGUCUGUGUGGAAGAAACUGGGAGUGUCUAGUCGAAAAUUGGGUUUUAAUGACCUUAAACUGAGUGAUAAUUUGUCUCCGUGCAGAGGACACUGCUGGAGAGAUCACAUCACGGAUAACUUUCAGUACUAGUUCUGCUUUUUCAUCAGACAUGAAAGAGUCCAAAAUCAAUGGAACAGAAAAGAGGUGUGCUGUUGUUACGGGUGGCAACAAAGGAAUUGGAUUGGAGAUAUGUAGGCAGCUAGCCUCUAGUGGGAUUAGAGUCAUUUUAACUGCUAGGAAUGAGAGAGAGGAAUUGAAGCUGUUGAAAAACUCAAUGAUUGUGGACUCUCAGAUGUGAUGUUCCAUCAACUUGACGUAAAAGAUCAUACCAGCAUGGCUUCUUUGGCAAAAUUCAUAAAAACCAACUUCGGAAAACUUGAUAUCCUGGUCAAUAAUGCUGCGGAUGGUGGACUUGUCAUGGACAUUGAAGCAUUUAGAGCCUUCAAAGAUGGAGCUGGGUUUAUGGAGGUGAAAGAUGAGAAUGCCCACUUGUUGGAUGGAAUUAUGAAGCAGACUUAUGAAGGGGCUGAAGAGUGUCUCAGAACAAACUACUAUGGAACUAAAGGAGUCACUGAAGCACUUCUUCCACUUCUUCAUCUCUCCAAUUCAGCAAGAAUAGUCGAUGUCUCUUCUAAUUAUGGACUGCUAAUGUUUAUCCUCAAUGAAGAGCUCAAAGCAGAACUGGAAAAUGUUGAAAGCCUGACAGAAGAGAAAAUAGACAAGAUUGUGCAGUGUUAUUUGAGGGAUUUCAAGGAAAACAAGUUACAGGCUAAUGGUUGGCCUCUCACAGUAUCAGCUUAUAAAGUUUCAAAAGCUGUCACCAAUGCCUAUACAAGACUACUAGCAAGAAGAUUUCCUAAUAUCCUUGUCAAUUGUGUGCAUCCUGGGUAUGUCAAAACAGACAUUACAGGUAACAUGGGACACUUGACCCCUGAGGAAGGUGCUAAAACUCCUGUAAUGGCAGCCCUGCUGCCUGAUGGAGGUCCUUCUGGUGUCUUCUUUAGUGAGAUGCAGCUUUCUACAUUUUAAUAUAAUUAGUCCCAAUUGUCAUCGUAUAGUUGGGAUAAAGAAUUUGUUGAGUUUACGAUCCUGGUCGCAAAAAAACAAAAAAAAUCAUAAUAUUUUGCUAGUUUAUUGCCUUGUUCUACCCCUUGUUAGCAAAAAAUAAAAAUAAAAAUGUUGUGUUGUGUUGUAUUGUAUUGUAUUGUUCUGAGAAAUUCUCUCUAAAUAAAUGGUCUGUAUGUCCUAUUCGGUGUGUUUUGGGCUAUACUGUUAUCUUGCAUUCUUUGACAAUAAAUUCUAUUUAUUUACUGUGGA